UCCGGAGGGCUGUUUGACUUGUUCGGUCCUUGGUCACUUAGCCUGAACAUUUAUCGCAGCAACUGCAAUGUCCAAGGCACAACCAAAGAAAAAGGAGUCUUCUUUCAGUAAAGUCUCUUUAACGGACCGACAGACGGAAGCAGCGUCCCUGGUAGCCACUUCCUCUGAGAGCCUAGGAAGUGCAUGGAGAUGCAAAUUCCCCAUUUGGCCCGAGUGGAAUGAGGCAGAAGUCAACAAGGAGAAAUGGGACUCGAGUAAAGGAGCUGAAGAUGGAAAGACGAAGAGUCCCAAUGCUCCAUUUUUUGAAGAUCCUGAGGGAAAAAUUUCCCUGCCUCCAUCUUUGAAAGUGCACUGCUGGAAGCGUCCUACAGAGUUUAUUAUCAACAAGGGUCUCACCGUUGUUGAAAAUCAAAUGACCUUUGACCUAAUCUCCCCCAAUGAUCAUCUGAUUUGCAGUGAGCUGAUGAGGUGGAUCAUCAGUGAGAUCUAUAUUGUUUGGACGCUGCAUAACUGCACAGCUACAAAACAAGAUGUCUGGAGACCUUGGGAGCACAUCUACUCUCUGUGUAAGGUGGUGAAAGGCCAUGUGCCUCUCUACAACAACUAUGGGAAAUACAUUGUCAGACUCUACUGGAUGGGUUGUUGGAGGAAGAUAACAGUAGAUGAUUCCAUGCCAUUUGAUGAAGAAAACAACCUGCUUCUCCCUGCCUCAACCUGUCAUUCAGAGCUGUGGCCAAUGCUUUUGGCUAAGGCUCUCAUUAAAGUGGCCAACAAAAAUGUAGUGUCAGAGGUCUGCAGGGAGAUGGGUGAGUUAACCUUCAUCCACACCCUCACCGGCUGGAUCCCACAAAUCAGUCCUAUAAAGUCUUUAUACCUGGGAAAAACCUGGGAUUUCUUACAAGACACCAUUCCCGUAUUUACACACCCAGAUGAGACUUUGCCUGAGACGAAGCCUCAGAGUGCCGAUCCAGCUGCAGGGAGAGAUUCCAGCUGUAAUAACAGCAAGAGUCCGCUGCCAGAGCAGGAGAAAAGUAAAGGUAACCCCAUGGUAGUGGUGUGUGCCAGCUACUACCCUUUACAGCCACAUAACAAUUCCGUUGGGUUUGGACAAAUGGCUAAUUCCUCAGAGUUUCUUCGUCGGUACGGUCUCUCCUUGCUGUACAGCCACAUUGUCCUGUUGACCAGAACCCGGGCAUGCCAGCUGGAGGCACCACCCAAACCUCCUCCUGUGCCCCGAUGGAAACUCAUCCGCCCACGCAAGGAGAUCAUGGUCAACGAUGAACCACCGAAGCCACCUUUGUCAAAACCCGAGCAGUUCAUUGAGGUUGCCAGCCCUUUUCUGUCCUACCGUGUCAAGAGCAGCGUUGGCCCGGUCCCGGAUCUAGAGGCCAAGCAGAGCGCUCAGAGGAAGCGUUCCUAUGGAUCCCCUCUGGUGUCCAUUGCAGAGAGAGAGGAGACUGAAUGCCGAAAAGGCCUUGAGCCUGAUGCAGCUGAACGCACCACUAGCUCAGCAAACAACAGAACAGACAAAACAGAGGUUACUGCAGAGGACAGGAAGAAGGACAAUGAUGACAUCUCCAAUGAUCGGCCCAAAACUGCAAUGAAAGUGCAUGUAACUGAGGAGCCCAUAAUCCCUGUCAAACACAUCCUGCAGGAGACCUGGGUGGAGCUGGAUGACUUUGCUAAAUGCUUUCAGACUCUCUUGGUGUUCCAUAAACCACAGAUCUACCCACAUCAUAUCCAGAAAUCUCAUUUAAAGAGCACCGUCUUGUCCAAAACUGCAACAGGCACCAACUGUACUGGAUCAUCUACACACUCUCUUACUGGAUCCUUCCCUAUGACAUAUGCUGUAGCAAGCCCUGAAUGUCAAGAGGUGAGAGGCACGCACUACCUGUGUGUGGACACCAUACAACCUUCUCAGAUCCUCAUCAGCUUCUCUGCUCUGCUUCUCUGGGGGGAUACAGCUGAGGAGAAAAAGGAAAUGUCAGCAGGAUGUGGAUCUGCAGUGCUCAUCGCCCAGUCAUACUCCUGGAUAAGUCUACAGUCUCAGCUGCCAGUUCUCACCAUCAAGACCAGCUCCUCUAAGGCAGCCAUGCUUAACUUACCCCCAGGACGCCAUGUGUUGUCCUUCCACGCAAAGGCGGCACUGGGCUACCACAUUCACCUGUGCAGCACGACACCUUUCAUCUUCGGGGAUGAAGAAACUGUCAUGCCGCAUCUGACCAAGGAAAGUGCUCGUUUCACUGAGCAGGCCUCGUCUAUCUUUAGGGCCCUGUCCAGAGUGGUGUCUUCCUUUAGCGAUGAGCAGGACCAGCCAGCAGCCAGGAGAAUGCUAGAAAAGGCGUACUGCCCCCAAAACACCAACACCUCCCUGGGAAAACAUCACAAGGUGUUUAACAGUGCAGUUGACCACAUGCUGCGUGAGGCGCUGGGCAGGAAGCUGACCGCAGAGGAGCGGUUUGCUCUACUGGCCCUCACGGGUGACCCUUCGCUCCUGGCCACUGACCACAAAGAAUACUUCCCUACAUUGAAUGCAGAGUCAAAGCACCCAGAAAGCUGCAGAGACAGGGAGCCAACAGACAGGGAGGUCAAGGCAGUCACCACUCUGCAGGCUGGAUUCAAAGGGCACUUGGUGCGAGAGAUCUUUAAUGCCUCAAAACCAGGUACAAAGGAGAACCUCACUGCAUCUAAGACCCUUUCAGAUAUGUGGCCAGAGGUUGAAUCAGAUGCAGAAAAAAAUGCUGCCUUCUUGUUACGGUAUAUCAUUGACCACUCGGAGAGGAAAGCAAAGCUCUAUCCCUGUCAGCAGGAUGAAUGGACUAGAAUCACCUUCGCUGAUUACUCUGUCCCUCUUCAAGACACAGCCAACUCCUGGGUCUUGGUGUUUAGAGAGGUGUUCCUGGUUCCUAAAGAGAUGCUGCUGUUACCAAAGGUCUACUCCCCAAUCCCUAAUUGUCUGCUGCACAUCAUAAAUAAUGACACAGGAGAGGAGCUGGACAUGGUCCUCAACAAAGUAGCGACCCAUGUCUAUAAACCCAACAAGCUUGGGUAUACCUUUGUAGCAGAGGCUGUCACACCUGAGUCACCCCCUGUUGGUGCCAAGUGGAGGAUGCGCUUGAUUGGCUCAAGGGAACUCCUUCCAAAACUGUCCUGUGAGACUCCACUCAACACAUUCUCAGUGAGGGAAUUCCGGGAUUAUUAUAUUCCCAAUGACAAAAACAUCAUAUGUCGUUACCAUGUGCAGGUGACAGCAGACGUCCUAGGAACAAUUCAGUUUCAGACUUGCAAGCCAGAUGUUUUGAUCCAUCUGUCCAUUCUGGAUCAGGAGAAGGAGGUGGCCAGCAACAGGGGGAAGGGCCAGGUGGUAAUUCCUGUGUUCAACUUCCUGGCAAACAAGGCCUCCAGUCACACUGAUGAGAAUAAGCAGAAACAGAAGGGAUCCCCCACCCAGGACAAGGGAGUCAAGGUGGUAGACACUUCACAGCAAAGAGAUGGGGAGAACGGCACAGCUGGGAAAUCAGACUCCUUGUCGGACCAGUCACAGCCUCCCACAAAGACUAUGGGUCAUAAGUAUGUGGUGCAGGCAGAGGUGCUUUAUAAGAGCUGGGAUUUGGAUGAAUCUCAGCUGGCUUUUGUCCAUAUGCUCAGAGACUUGGAGAAGAAUGAAAUGAGAGUACACAAGCUUGAGGACUUGAAGUGCUCAUCCACCGCUGACACACCGAGCCGUGAUGGACACAAAUCAGACACACCCAAAGCCAACCGCAAAGGCGAAGGUGACAAGGAGAAAGGGAAGCCAGCUGCCAUCUCCAAGUCUGGCUCCAGGCAGGAGACGAGCCUUGACUUGACUAAGCCGAACUGGAUGCUGCGUGUGGUCAGCGACAAGAGCAAAACAGAGAGCAUCAAGGUGACGAAGGACACGGAGAGAAUGGACUGGAUUAAAGCCGUUAAAAAAGCCUGGGAAAUGGCUGAAUCAGGCCGCUGGGCCAAGGCUUUACAGUCUCGUCUCAAGUUUCUUAAACAACUCCAACAUCAAGAAAGUGAUGAAACUACUACAGGUGAUGCAGAAAGCAGAGAACAUGCUGCUUCCAGAUCUGCCACCUCUCCCAGUCCAUCUGAUCAAAAGCUGACCGAUACCUCAUGCUCCUGUCCUCCCAUGGACUACACUCCCUUCAUCAGACGCCAAAAGGAUUUUCCAGUGCUGAUGGACUCACAGAUAGAGGAGAUCCAGCAGAGGGAGCGCUUAGAGAAGAUCCAGACUUACCGAUUGGUCCGAGACAAUGUGCUGGAGCACCAGAAACAGCAGGAGCUCAACAGGAAGGAGCUAAUGAGACGCCAGUUGGAGAUGUAUGAGAACAUGCAGGCAGCCUUGUGGCAGCGCUGUAAGAAAUUUCUUGAUGCUUGUGAGGCAUUUAGUAGCCGUCAGAUGGCGUCCGUGAAAAAGGAACAAGAAGAGAAGCAAGCUCUGGAGGAGGCCCAGCAGGCAUUUCUAGAAAAAACAACCCCCACCGCUUCUGCCACCCAGCAGCCCAAGAAACUUGCCAAGAGUGCUGGCAAGAAGAAAUGAUGGUCAUUGGCACUAACUUCCAGUCUCAAUUUCCUCAGCAGACACCUCUCGACAAGUCUGUUUGAGAACUGUAGAAUCACAACAUCCUAGCCUGUCCUUGAUGAUGUAAUACCCGACCUAAAGAUUGUUGCUGCACUUGAUUCAGUGCUAUUGUCUUAUGCUUAAUGACUCUUUAAAGUUUUAAAAGUUCAUUUGUUAAUGUUUUCUAGGUUUUUUUACCAGAUGUUUAUACUGUAGUCUGUGCCAUAUGAUAUCAAAUUCUUUUAGCACACGUUUGUAUCUUUCAUGUAUAACUGGUAUAACCUGUAUAACCUGUAUUUAUAACCUGUAUGUAUCAAAUAUAAUACAUUUUUAAAUGA